AUGAGUAAGCACCUCCUGCUGUCACUGGUCAUCCUGUCCUCGUUGCUGGGCUUCCUGCAAGCUCUACAGUGCUACCAGUGUAAUCGAGUCAACGCCAGUGGGAUUUGUGUGAGUGGGGGAGGCUUCUGCCAGACUAAAGGCAACCAGCAGUGCUUUGUGAAGAAGAUCUAUAAAGAUAACAUCAUUUUCUAUGGAUACCGGGGUUGUAGCAGCCUAUGUUCUCCUAUGAUGCUUUUUAAUCUCAAUGUUGCUGUGGAUUGGAAAUGCUGCAAUAACUCAUCUCUCUGCAACAAGUUCUAA